AAUAUCUGUUAAACUUGUUUUGUGAUUUAAGUUUAGCAAGACACAUCCAAAACGUUCCAUAUCGAUUAUGGCUAGAUUCAGGGCCCGUUUGGAGGGCUACGGCACCUGUAAAAAUGGGUCCGGCUCCUCUCGUGUAUUAUUUGAUUUGGAGUAAAACGGUCUCGCUGCUAGCUGCAUCUUCUUGCAUCAGGCAUGAGGUGGCUUGGAGAGAGGUGUCUGCUCGGGGAGAGACGCAGCGCAGCGCCCAUAUGUGGAGCCGUGGAGAGCCAAAAAUCUGGGCUCCCGCUCUUAGCCGUAUUAUGGCUCCUGCUCAGGAGCUGUUUUGCGAGGUAGGAGCCGGUGCUGGAGCCGGACACUCAGUAGGAAGAGUGGGGAAAAAAAGACGAGCUAUUUACUUCCCAUUUGUAAGGGGGAAACAAAAGAAAAGAGCAUCUGUAAGGGAUUUACCCUAGAUCGUGCGGCAAACCAGUCCCUCUUCGAUCCGCGUAGAAAUCCCAUCCGAUGUAUAGGGAUCGAUCCGCGUAGAAAUCCAAGUUCCCCAGCUUCGUCCUCAUCUUCACCGAGCCCUACCCAACGCCAACCUCGCUGCUCGUGGCGUCCCCAAUCUGACGCCCCGGCCCCGCGCGCCCCUCCCAAAUCUCCUCCCACGGCCGGCCGCCCCGGCGUGCAGGGCGUCGGCGCACUCCGCCGCCUCCGACCCACCGGGCCCCACCGGCGUGAGGCCAACCAAGGAACCAUGGACGAGAACGGCCACUACGUCGUCGUCGCCCUGCCCUCCGCGCGCUGCGGCGGCGACGAUGACGAGCCUACAGUCAAGGAGGAGGACGAGGAAGCGGAGGAGCAGGAGCAGUCGCCGACCGAGGCGCCAGCGCUACCCGCCGCCCGCGCCGUGCGGCGGCGGCCGAACCAGAAGCGGACCAAGAACUUCAGCGACAGGGAGGACGAGAUGCUGGCGCUGGCGUGGCUCCGCGUCAGCGCGGACCCCGCCGCCGGGCGCGCGCCCUUCUGGAGCCGGCUGCACGACCACUUCCACGCGCACCGGGACUUCGCGUCGGAGCGCAGCGAGAACUCGCUCCUGCACCGCUGGUCCACCGUCCAGGACAACGUCAGGCGCUUCGACCGCUGCGUCGCCGACGUGGCGGGAGCGGCCGCGGGCGCGGCCGAGGGAGGGCUCACGCCGCAGGACACGGUUGUGCGCGCGCUGGCCCUGUUCAAGUCCCGGGACAAGAACAACAAGCCGUUCCAGUUCAUGCACUGCUGGAUCCUCCUGAGGUCGCAGCGGAAGUGGAUGGAGAGGUCGUCGCAGUCGCAGACCUCUUCGCCGAAGCUGGCGUGGACCAGUAGGCCGCCGCCGUCCCAGAAGAAGCAGAAGACGGCUCCGAGCCCGAGCCCCAGUCCGUGCGCUCCGCCGCGUGCUCUCGACGACGGUCUAGAUGCUGCAGCCGCCCAAGAACGCGAGGAGGAGGAGGAGGAGGCUGUGCACGCGAUGCAGCAGCCAGUGGAUGGGACCGAGGAGGAGGAGGAGUUACAGCAGGGCGGGGGCGUGGGCGUGGGCGGGGCUAGUCUGUACCUGGAGGCGGCGGACGAUCUGUGGUGGGGAAAGAGGAAAGCGGCUGACGACAAUGGCGAACAGCAGGCCGGCGCGAGGACGAUGCAGCAGCUCAGCAACGGCGCGCGAGAGAAGCGUGCGCUGGAACAACAGCGCACGGUCGCGCUGGCGCUGGACCAAGCCAGGGCUGCCAACGAGGCGAGGAGCCUCGAGAUAAGGAGGAGAGAAGUGGAGCUCAGGACCAAGGAGGUGGAUCUGAAGGUGAUGCUGGAAGAGGAGAGGAUCAUGGCCAAGGACACCAGCGCCAUGUCCGGGAUACAGCAGCAGUACUACAGGAUGCUGCAGAACAAGAUCAUGACUCGGCGGUUCGGUGGCUCAUCUUGGAUGGAAUGAACGGCUAGGCUUUUUGUGUUAAUUACUGUGGUGGCUGCAUAACAACCGCUUAGACAGCUUAGAGCAGGUUUAUGGUCUGUUUGGUUUCCUACCUAAGGUGCUACAAUCUGCCUAACUUUAGACGUUUGAAUUGAAGAACUAAGCUUACACAAAAAAGUUAGGCACGUUGUGGCGCUUUAGGCAGCAAAUCAAACAGCCCUUUAAUAAUACACCCGACUGAUGGCUGUAACAGCGUACCUUUUACUCAUCCGUACACUAGUUAGCUCUUCAUUAUAUUAAUAUAGGACUUCACA